AGAAAACAAGCUUGAGGAGCCAAGUGCUUGCAUUCUGGCCAAGUUAGGAGCCUAUGAGAACAAGAGCCUGGGGGAGGGCCACUCGCCCCGCGCACGCAGCAGGAUCCGCUCUCUCCCUCUGGGGCUGCUCUGCCUGCAAAGCUCAGCAGCACCGAGAGAGCAAGACCCAGGGAUCUGCAACAGACACCAUGGCAGCCUGAAACACCCCCCUGGUGCCAACCUCCAAAUUCUCAUCUGUCACUUCAGAUCCUGACCGGCUGACAGAGCAGCAGAAUUUCAAUGCCAAUAAGCUCAAAUGUGCAUCUAGGUAAAGAAGCCAAGCUAACGAGCAAGGGGAUUGGAAGAGCUCCUCUUGGGCGUUUGUCAAACUUUUACUUCCUGGCUGUUUGCAAAGACAGAAUUCAGCUUCAGCUUCAAGGGACCCAGGCUCUGGAGCCAGCCACCUCUCAGCAGGUCCAGACAGCAUGAAGGCUGCGCUCUUCUUCCUGUACGUCCUGGGGACUGCAGCUGCCAUCCCGACAAAUGCAAGGUUUCUCUCUGGUCAUUCCAACCCAACUACGGCAACACCAGUGAUCCCCAACAAUGCUACAGUCCCCGUCGUGGAGGCCGAAGCUGCAGCAGACAUAGAAAGCAAUCCCACCGAGAAGGCUGAAAAACCUUCAGCCCUGAACUCAGAAGAGGAAACCCAUGAACAGUCAAUGGAACAGGACAAAACCUACAGCCACGAGGUGCAGCUGAAGGAUGAGGAGGAAGGUGAUGGAGAUUUAAGCGUGAACACGGAAUAUUCACCAACGGAAGAAACGCUGGAUCUACAAGAAGGUACAAGCGAGCCUCAACAGCAGAUGCUCCUGGGGAGCACCGGUUUCUCUGCCACUGCUUCUAGUUCCUCUGUGGAUUCUAACCAACGUGACAACAGCACAAAGGAGAGCCCGGCGCAGCCUGAAAGUGACUCCCACCAGCAACAGAACAAGAGCAGUAAGCAUAACCAAAACUUAAUGGAUAAAGAAAGCCAGAAGCAUGAUCCAAGCACUCCCAGUGAAGAAGAGGAGGAAGAGGAAGAGCCAGCAGAUGCUGGUGCCCCCAGUGAGAACCAAGAAGAAGGAGAGGAAUCGCCCGAGGAGCAGCCUGCCAGCAAGCCAGAGGGACCCCGUGACCACGCUGAUGAAAAGUUAGAGGAGCCCAGUCAGCCGACUCAGAUGAGUGAGAUGCCGAAGAAUGGAUCUGAGCAAGAAAACCAAGGGCAAGCGGGUGACGCUGAUGCGGAAGGGGAGGAUGGCAAGACAGAGAGCAGCAAGAAGAGUCAACAUGCAGAGUGGCAGGGCCAAGAAGGGGAGGCUUCCCUGGAAGCUUUUGGUAACCGGAAGAACAAGGAUGAAAAGACUGCUUCUGUGGAACCUACCGACGAUGGUGCCUUCGUGCCUAGGAAUCACGGAACCAGGGAUGAUGGGGGUGCUGAGGACUCUAAGCAUAGCGGAACUGAUGACUAUUUCAUUCCAAGCCAGGAACUCCUCGAGGCUGAAAGAAUGCAUUCUCUUUCCUAUUACCUCAAAUAUGGUGAGGAAACAACAGAUGGGAAUGAGAACGUAGAUAAAAGUGAGGCUGGAGACGACCAAGCGGCCAAGAAAGCUGAGAGUUCAUCAAAUGCUGGACCCUCAGAUGAGGGCAACUCCAGAGGGUACAGUGCUGAUUCAUGCACAAACUUCCAGUGCAAAAGGGGACACACUUGCAAAACAGACCGACAGGGGAACCCCCACUGUGUUUGCCAAGACCCGGAGACUUGUCCCCCUGCAAAAACCCUCGACCAAGUCUGUGGCACUGACAACCAGACCUACACCAGCUCCUGCCACCUGUUUGCUACCAAGUGCCGGCUGGAAGGGACCAAGAAGGGACACCAGCUGCAGCUGGAUUACUUUGGAGCUUGCAAAUCUAUCCCUGCUUGCACGGACUUUGAAGUGGCUCAGUUUCCCCUGCGGAUGAGAGACUGGCUGAAAAACAUCCUGAUGCAGCUUUAUGAACCGAAUCCGAAACACGACGGCUAUCUAAACGAAAAGCAAAGGAGCAAAGUCAAGAAAAUUUACCUGGAUGAGAAGCGGCUCCUGGCUGGAGACCACCCCAUUGAGCUUCUGCUGAGGGACUUUAAGAAGAACUACCAUAUGUAUGUGUACCCUGUGCACUGGCAGUUUAAUGAACUGGACCAGCACCCUGCAGACAGGAUCCUGACCCAUUCCGAACUUGCCCCCCUGAGGGCUUCCCUGGUGCCCAUGGAGCACUGCAUAACGCGCUUCUUUGAGGAGUGUGACCCCAACAAGGACAAGCACAUCACCUUGAAGGAAUGGGGCCACUGCUUUGGAAUUAAAGAAGAGGACAUAGAUGAAAACCUUCUGUUUUGAAAUAAGAGUUGGAAGACUCGGAACUUUCUGGCUGGCCUCUCCUGCUUCAACUGCUUCGGAAUACCUGCAGUCACGACACUGUAGAUUCACAUUUAGCAAAAUGCUUGUUUGCAUGUAAGACAAUGCUAGCAGGUGCUUCUUGGUGAUGUGUGUAUGUGCCAGGCGCUUAACAUUAACUUAGGAAAUAAAACUUUAACAUUGUAGAGUCAACGGCUGCAGGCUGCGCCCUCUGGCGACAGUUUUAACUGGUAGCGAUGUCAUUUCUGCCUCUACUUUUAUAAUUGAUAAUCACAAAACACACACACAAAAACCUGUGUUUGUAUUGCCCAUACCACCUCAUGCACGCUAGGGAUGUGGGAUGUGGUGACAUGCCUCAUUUUGAGUAUCUUCAUGUCCUAAUAAACAGUCUAUAAAGCCUCAA